GCGAGCUGUUGCGACAUAGUUCAGCUGUUUUAAACUGAGGAUUUCAUACAACCUGAAUGGAUCCGUCAAAUUAAACACCAGAAAGUGGUCUUUAACAGGCCUCUGUAGGUAUGGACAACGGAGGCUCAAUGAUGAACUUGAUAGACUACGGAGAGACAUUAUGGGAGAACGCAGAGAAAAACAGGUACAUCCUGUGUCGUUUCAUCAACCCCAACAAACUGACUUCGUACCUGCGGCAAUGCAAAGUCAUCGAUGAGCAGGACGAAGAUGAAGUGCUGAACUCUCGCCUGUUGGAGUCAAAAGCCAACCGAGCAGGUCGGCUACUAGAUAUCCUACACACAAAGGGAGAGCGGGGCUAUGUGGUGUUUUUGGAGAGUCUGGAGUUGUACUACCCUGACCUCUACAAAAUCGUUACUGGGAAGGAGCCUACUCGCAGAUGCUCCACUAUUGUUGUGGAAGAGGGGCAGGAAGGGCUCAUCCAGUUUUUAAUGAAUGAGGUCAUGAAGCUGCAGCAGCAAUCCAAGGCUAAAGAUGUGCAGCGGGUUGACUUCAUGACCAAAUGCCGCACGCUAGAAGACGAGCACAAGAAGCUUCGGCUUGCAAACCAGGAGUUGCUUACAUUCCAGGAGCGCUACAAUAAGAUGAAAGAAGAACGCAAUAACUAUAACGAUGAACUCAUUAAGGUGAAGGAUGACAACUAUCAGCUGGCCAUGCGGUAUGCCCAGCUCAGCGAGGAGAAGAACAUGGCCGUUAUGAGGAGCCGGGACCUGCAGCUAGAGAUUGACCAGCUUAAGCACAAACUCAACAAGUUGGAUGAGGAGUGUAAAAUGGAGAGGAGGCAAUCUCUGAAAUUGAAGAAUGACAUUGAGAACCGACCCCGGAAGGAGCAGAUAUUUGAGCUGGAGCGCGAGAAUGAAGUCUUGAAGAUCAAAAUCCAGGAGUUGCAGUCCAUCAUACAGCCGGGACCCCUGCCUGAUUCAGACAAGGCCAUCCUGGAUAUCCUGGAGCAUGAUCGACAGGAGGCUCUGGAGGAUCGUCAGGAGCUUGUCAACAGACUCUAUAACCUGCAUGAGGAGGUCCGACAGGCUGAGGAGCUCAGGGACAAGUACCUAGAAGAGAAGGAAGACCUUGAACUGAAGUGCUCCACUUUGGUGAAGGACUGUGAAAUGUACAAGAACCGCAUGAAUACCAUCAUGGUUCAGCUGGAAGAGGUGGAACGUGAGCGAGACCAGGCUUUCAAGUCAAGAGAUGAUGCCCAACAUCUUGUGUCUCAGUGUUUGAUUGAUAAAGACAAGUACCGCAAGCAAAUACGGGAGUUGGAGGAAAAGAGCGAUGAACUUCAAAUUGAGAUUGUGCGCAAAGAAGCCAAGAUUGUCAACGUGGAGUGCAAACUUAGACGUAUAUCUAAGGAAAAUGGUUUGGAUCAGAGUUUGCCACGAGACAUUACUCCACAAAUUAUAGCUCAGCACUUUGGCCCGCCUGACCCAAAUAAUGGAGGACAUUCUGAAGACUCUGGAGAAGACACUGUUGAGGAUCAAGAGCAGAGGUUCAAACGUAGACAUAACCUCAAGGCCAGGGUUGCCAGACCAAAAUCUCCAGCAAGUGGACUUAAAAGUCUGCAGUUACAAGCCUUGACAUUCACCAAUGGAGAUCUCUCAGAACCUGCAGCCACUGAAGGCAUAAGUCCAGCCAAUGCCAACUUAAUGAAUUCUCCUAUCACACCCACCCCUAAUGUUGGAGAUAUCUACUGUAAAAAUCUGCGCUACCGUAAUGACAGCAUCUUGUCCACUGCGCCCGAGCCUCCAGACCAGCAUUCCAUUGUCAGGAGGAUAAAAGAGAACCCAAACUCGCAGUUCAAGUGUAUUCCCUUUUCAGACACUGCAGAUACUGACAGUGGAGACAAUGCAGAUAUGGAUGACCAUGACGUAGACAUUUCCUCCUACGGGCCUUCGUCCAUUCACUCGUCUUCAUCUUCCCACCAGUCUGAGACAAUGGACUCCUAUGAUCUGGAGCAAGUCAAUAACAUCUUCAGGAAAUUCUCUUUGGAAAGACCAUUCCGUCCUUCGUUUAAUUCAGACCCUCCUCGCAGCUCGUUGCGGCCAGUGCAGAGCCUUUCUCUGUCAGGAGAAAAUCUUUUAUCAGACAUCGCUCUGAUUGGUGGAAAUGAUAGUGGCAUCUUUGUUUUCUCGGUCCAGUCCGGUUCUAAUGCAGAGCGAGCCGGAGUUAAAGUUGGACACCAUCUCUUAAUGCUGGAGGGCAAUGUCCGUGGAGAAGCCCAGAGCGUGGCUUUGGACACAUGCACCAAGGAGGAAGCCCACUGGACACUGCAGAGAUGUUCUGGACAGGUGCAUCUCCACUACAAGUCCAACUAUGAUGGCUAUAGACGGCUGCUGAAAGAAAUUGAAGAGGGCACGGUGGUGUCGGGAGACUCCUUCUACAUACGUCUCAAUCUAAACAUCUCCAGCCAGUCAGAUAGUUGCUCAUUGAAUGUAAGAUGUGAUGAGGUUCUCCACGUGCUGGACACCAUGCAUCAGAGCAAGUGCGAAUGGCUGUGUGCUCGUGUGGACGCUUUUACCGACAAGGACCUGGAGAGAGGCACUAUACCGAGCUACUCCAGAGCCCAGCAGCUCCUCUUGGUGAAAAUUCAGAAGCUGAUGUGUCGAGGAGGUCGAGAGGAAGCAGACACUCUGCGGGGGCUCCGGAACACUCUACAACCUGAGGAACCCACACCAUCUCCAGACCCCAAAUCCAGCCCACGCCUGUCCAGAGCCAGUAUCUUCAUCUGUCAGAUAUUACAGUUUGUCAGCAGGACGGAUAACAAGUACAAGAGGAUGAACAGCAAUGAGCGUGUCCGCAUUGUCAAUGGAGGGAAUCCAUCUAGACCAGGCUUUGAAACGUUGAGGCCUGAGGAUUCGUCUGACCCAGAGAGUGACUUAAAUAAGAGCUUGAACCUCAUUCCAUAUAGUCUGGUGACUCCACACCAAUGUCAGCGCAAAAGGCCUGUCCUCUUCACCCCCAACAUCCUGGCCAAGACCAUCGUCCAGAAGUUCCUCAAUCUUGGAGGCGCUAUGGAAUUCAAUAUCUGCAAACCAGACAUUCUGACAAAAGAUGAAUUCCUCAUGAAACAGAAGAUAGAGCCCAUCAUUUAUUCCAAAGAAAAGCAGGGAGGCACAUAUGAAUGCAUCACCCCAGAAAAUAUCGAAGCAGUUGCCUCCAAGAAUAAGCACUGUCUACUGGAAGCUGAUCUGAGUUGUGUGAAAGACCUGUUAAGAAGAGAGAUCUACCCCAUCGUGAUAUUCAUCAAAAUCUGUGAAAGGAACAUAAAAAAAUUAAGAAGACUGCCUCUGAAGGUGGACUCUGAGGAUGAGUUUUUAAAGAUGUGCCGCUCCAAAGAGAAGGAGCUGGAGACUCUGCCAUGCUUGUAUGCCAGCGUGGAGUCAGACUUUUGGGGUGGGGUGGAGGACCUCCUUAAAAUCAUCAAGGACAAGAUUUUUGAGGAGCAAAAGAAGACGGUUUGGGUGGAGCAGGAUCUACUUUAAAUGACCUGCUUUAACCUUAUCAGGAGAGCAGAUAAGGAUACGGCUCUCAUGCGGCUUAUGGCAUGUCUGCACACCGAAACUCUUGUCUGUUUCCAGUUCGGGGGUGGAAUGUAUGCAGCACAGGCGCGUGAACAGGAAGUGACUCUGUUAAAGGCCGCAGACUGGUGUAGUGUGUUUCUCUCACUGUAAAAAAAAAAAUGUGGACCGGGAAUCCUCUGACAACACUGAGGUAUUCAUUAAAAGCAUUGGAAAUGUUCUCACCCCAAAGCUUCUUAUUUAUUAUUCUCCUGUAGCCAAGCCGUUGUCAAUAAAACAUUAUCCAGUCCACUCUCUGCCUGUAAUACUCAACAGAGCGCUGCCCAAUGCAUUGUGCUUCAGUUGUGACCACAAAUUAGAUUUAUAUGUAUAGCUGUACAUUAAAUCUGAUGCCUUUAUCAAUGCAGUAACCACAUUUGUUUUCUUUGAAGGCAUAUUUUUGUAUUAAUUUGUUACUUGUAUAUUUAUUUUAAUAUGAGCCCUCCGUAUGUCAUUUUUGGUUGUUGUGGUAAGCUUUAAUAUGGAUAACACAAGUGUGGCUCAUCUCUUUGCCUGUUUUAGCUGCUACCUUUGUACUUGCCAAGCUUUUGAACAUUGCAUACUCUAGUUAAAUGGCAUUAACUUUGUUUGAUCUACAUUUUGGGCACAAGACUGUGACUGGCAUCUUGUGAAGCUUUGAUUUAUGUUGGCAUUAUCUUGUAAUGCUUUGGUGGUUUCUGUUUAAGCUGUCAUUGAUUGUUCUAAAAACUACCACCAGAAGUUCUUGAUAUGGUCUGCCAUAAAGUGGGCACUCAUUUCAUCUAGAUGUUAUAAUACAGAUGGUCUUUAUGUGUGAGAGCUAUUUCUGAUGCAUAACAAUGUUCGUAUUAUAUUCUGUAUAUAUCUGUUAUAUAUCUGUUGUAGGCCUACUGCUUGGCAUUCAGACCUGAGACAAAUGGUUUAUAGAUGACUACAUGGACAUACAUUUUUAUUGCAGCAUCAGGACUUUUGGUUAAAAGAAGGGAAGUAUUGGAGAUUCUCACAAAACUAGUCAAGAAAAUAUUCUGGUCCUAUUUUACUCCAAAAUCAACGUAAACAAAUAAGACAUUAUAUUUUACAUAUACAGUAGGAAAUUAAGCCUAUUUCAGGGUCAUUAAGAUGUAUUACAUUGUGAUAUUGUUUUCAUUACAGUUAAAGACAUUUUACCUCUAAUUCUCAUUACCGUAAUGUGAAAAAAGAUCAGUCAUUAUGAUAUACUUAUUACUGCAAUGUGAACAAAUGAAUUAUUUAAUUUAAAUUGCCAAUUAUUUAUAUCAUAUAGUUGUACUUUUUCUUUUGAGUUUGGAGAUUAAAAUGACCAGGACAGGUUUAGUGAGAAUCACCCGUAUAAGGGAAAGUGCAUAUUUUAAGUGUGGUGUGCUUAUUUACAUAAAUAGUUUACAUAAUGGUGUGACAAUUGCAUUUUUAAAAAUUCUAAUAUUUCAUGUUGAAUUUUUGUUAAAGAGUUUUAGUUUUAGAGGUAUCGCAUGUGGCGCUGCAGGAUACUGCCAUUACUUUUUAACAUGUCAAUUAUACUUCCUAUCUUGCCUAUCUGAUUUAAACACACUGUAUGCAGAGGUGACUAUAAUAUAUUUAUUGUUUAGAUUAAUACUGUUCAUAAAGAAACUUUCUAUACCACAAAGCUCCAUAUUAGCACCAAUUAAAUGAAAAUGUAUAGCAAUUUCUGUUGCAGAAGAUGGCAAAGACAGGGUAGGACAUUUCCUGAGGUAUUAUGUUUGUAAAUGUGUUAUUAUUAUUAUUAUUGUUCAUUAUCCAGGGGCAUAGAUGCUGUGGGAGGGUCAUUAAAUUGUAAAUGUUAUAUUCAAUAUAGUAAAGAAACUUUACUGUUUGUGGUCCUUCUCUCAGCUGUAAUGAGAUAUAUACAUGCCCCUUGAUCCUACUUUCUUUUUUUUUUUUUACAUUGUUUGGAAAAAGACACAAGAAUGUACUUUAUGCAGCUGACACAAUGCAUGGUGUGUUUUAUAUUAAAUGGUUUUG